GGAUUGAUGAACAGAUCAGAGAUAAGAACUGUGACCCACUUUGUCCUCCUCGGGUUCCCUGGUUGCAAAGAGAUGCAACGCUUCUUCUUCUCAUUGUUCUUUGGAGUCUACAUGUUCACCACGAUGGGAAACGGGGCCAUCGUCUGUGCUGUGGUGUUGGACAAGCAGCUCCACACCCCAAUGUAUAUUCUCCUGGGGAACUUUGCUUUCCUUGAAAUCUGGUAUAUCACCUCUACUGUACCCGGAAUGUUAGUCAACUUCCUCUCAGAAGCAAAAACAAUCUCCUCUGUUGGCUGUUUCCUCCAGUUCUAUUUUUUCACCUCCCUUGGGACAACCGAAGCAUAUUUCCUCUGCAUUAUGGCCUACGAUCGGUACCUCGCCAUCUGUCGCCCAUUGCAUUACCCAGCCAUCAUGACCCCCCGACUCUGUUAUAUCUUAGUGUCCACUUGCUGGGUGUUUGGGUUUCUUAGUUACUUAGGCUCUGCUGUGCAACUCUCUCAGUUGCCUUUCUGUGGGCCCAACAUCAUCAAUCACUUCUUGUGUGACUUAGACCCGCUAAUGGCUCUGUCCUGUGCCCCAGCUCCUGUUACUGAGAUGGUCUUCUAUAUUCUGAGUUCCCUCAUCAUCAUUCUCACUCUUCUCUACAUCCUUGGAUCCUAUACCCUUUUACUGAUAGCUGUGUUAAAAGUCCCUUCAGCAACUGGAAGGCAGAAGGCCUUUUCCACCUGCGGGUCACAUCUGACAGUGGUGUGUCUGUUCUUUGGGGCCCUCCUGGUGAUGUAUGUGAGUCCCACUGCUGAAAACCCAGCUGAAAUUCAGAAGAUUAUGACUUUGGUUUAUUCUGUGGUGACUCCUUUCUUAAACCCCCUGAUUUACAGCCUACGAAAUAAGGAUAUGAAGGCUGCAUUGAAGAAAGUCCUAAGGAUACAAUGA